UCACGCGUUUCUGGACGAACUUACUGGCUGAAACAUGGGCUUCUGAACAGUAUGUGAUGUCAGAUGCAGUGUUAGCUAACCAAAAAUGGGGGGAAAUAGGCUCAAAGUUAUUUCAACAUAAUUUAGAGAAACUAAAAGUCUGUCGAAUAGCAAGAGUUUUGGACGUUUUGCACAUUGAGGGAUCCUGCUGGUAGCUCUGUAAACAGUCCUUACCUCACUGUCAGUGUCAGUAUGUCUUUUGCUGGAGCAGUGUGGCUUGCUGUUCAGGAGAACCUAUACAGAGGUAUCAGCAGAGGACCAGCUCGUAAAAGCUCUAACGACAGCAGCAACUCAGACGGCAUCAGUGAGGAAUCAAGAGGUUGCCUGAACAGUUUCGAUGAUUACUUUCUGUCGCAGUGUUUUCAUCUCAGUCGCCAAUGUCUGACUUUUCUUCUGGACUAUGUUAAAUCUCGUUUGAAGAAAGACGUAUUUAGACCCGUUAACGAUGCUGCCUCGAUUGAAGCCAUGACAUUAGCGGCACUUUACUUCUACGCGCACGGUUUUUUACCCAGCAAAAUUACAGAUAUGUUAGGAUUAGAGCACACAUCCGCAAGCGAGGCGGUAAAUAUCAUAUCUAAAGUUUUGGCGGACAUGGCCCCGAGCUUCAUCACGUUUCCCGGCGGCUACAACGACCGUAUGGGCGUUGCGCAGGGAUUUAAAAACAUGAGCGGUAUUCCAAACGUGGUGGGGGUGUUGGGUUGUUUACAUAUAAAAGUGACCCCUCCUCCCGCUGAAGAAAGUCUUUUUCUCAACACCCUCGGUUACCAUUCAGUAAUGGUGCAGAUGAUCAGUGAUGCGGAUGGAAAUCUACUGAGUGUUGAGAAGUGUUGUCCUGGAGGUGCUCUGGAGCAGGCUAUUUGGGAAAGGUCGAACAUUUGCCAGGAGUUUAGCAGUUUUCAGCAUGGUCAGACAUGGGUUGUCGGUGGUAGAGGUCUGCCCCCAGGUAGGCAUGUGUUAACCCCUGUGGAGCGCUCUCAAAUCAAGUCCAGUGCAACCAGGCGUUUCAACACUGCUCAUUCUCAGGUCCUGGCUUCAACCCAGCACGUCUUUGGCUCUCUGAAAACCCGUUUUCAGUGCCUUCAUGACCUUGGAGUUGUGCAGGCCAAUGCCUUGGAGCCUGUUGCACGCAUCCUCAUAGCUUGCUGUGUGCUUCACAACAUCUCUAAAAAGUUCUCUGUGCCGUUACCCCAAGAGCCAGUUCUGGAGCCUGUACACCCAGCUCAAGAAGUGGGGAAAGAGGGAGAAGAGAACCCUUUUCGAUACAUGGAAGUGACAAGGGAAGACAUGAUAGAAAUGUGUUUUGGUAAUGCUGGGGAAGAAGAGGAGCAGGAGAAGAACAUUAAGGACAAGCACAAACAAAAUGGGGCUCACAGCUGACACAGGACUUUUGCUGACUAUUCUACAGCUGCAGGAAGAGAGUGUACAUUUGCAUCAGACAGAAUCAGGUUUAACAAACCAAGUUAACAGGUUGCAACAAUGCAGAAAGUCCCAGAUUAAUGAGAUAUGUGCAACCAAACAGCAUAAUUUUACCAAGCAAUGUUUUUUGUACCCUACAAUCAUUUGGAUUGUGGUACUUCAUAAUUUCUUUGUCUUGCUGGACCUUCUUUAAUGUAAACUACAAGUGUGUGUGUGUGUGUUCCAGAUCACUGCUCAUAUACUAACAGACCUUCCUGAGUCAGAUUUAGGUUUGUGCUUUAUCCUCAGACAUAUGGAAACGACGAUGUCAGUACAGAAGAAAAUACAUUUUUAUUGUUUAAAUAAAAUACAUUACUAAUAAAUUAAUAUUUUCUUUAUAAACACUUUUUUUGACAAACUGUUGAAGCUAAGCUUUAUAGGUGUGUAAUCAUGCAUGGUAAACAGUAGAUUUAACACAAGAACAAAAGUAAGGCAGUGCAACUUUCUCUGUCUGCAGGGUUUGGUUAUUGGCAACAGAUUUCACAAUAUUUUGCCUUUUUGCAUCCUUUUUUUUGCAAAACAUUCUAAGUAGGCCCAGAUAUUUAAUUCAUUACUUACAAUGUAAAGAAACUCCUUAGGUACAUGCUUCACUACUAUGUAAAAACAUAGUUGAUCUGUUUCACCCUGUGUAUGUAAUAUGUAUCUAAUCUGUUGUAGCUAAACAACUAGCUAAAAAAUUAUAAUAUAAUGAUCUAAUUUUCUUAAUUAUUUCAAAGUUAAACUUUUCUCAUUGUGAUCCUUCUGUAAUGUCUGUGGGAAACAUUAGAGCUUUUCAACCAGCUGAUUAUGGCAGCAAACUAUAAAAUGAUUUUUUUUAAUAUAUAUAUUUACAUUCUGCCUAGACUUGGAAUUAAUUGUGCUUGUAAUUUGAAAUUAUCCAUUAAAUAAAAUAAAUAGUGCCUGAAAAACUGGCUUACUUUUUAAGAGAAAAUAAAAAGUACAUGUGGUCCAGUAAUGAGAGGCCACAUGUAAAAGACUUGAUACAUGGAGAAUGUAUUAAGAAAUUACUUGAUUGCCAAUUUCUGGGUGAAAACAAUGUACAAUAGAAUGUUCAGAAUGGAAUUUGGAAGUAUGGUAUUCUUCAAAAGAGGGCUUUUUUGCCAUGUUAAUAAAACUGGCAUGCUAGUUGCGAUGGUUCUGGCUUGGAGCUUUCUUUUGAAGAUUUUCAAUAAACCCAUCAAAAUAGGCCAAAGUUAUAUUUAUCUAGAACAAACAACAUUAGCGUAAUAAUUACAGUUCUUGCUGGUGAAGUUUAACGAUCCAAUAGAAACAGAAUGAACUGAUUGGGGUCACUA